ACUGUACCAAGCAACCUGAAAGAAGCUGCAGCAUUCCACAGCAGCAAGCAGACUGCCUUAAAGAAACAGUCUCCAGCCCUCUGAAAUUGGCUUCAACAUUCCAGAUGGCAGACAAGCCUAAAUUUUGUCCAUGUGACCUUGGAGAUGUGUUUGAUUAUCAACCUCUUGGAUGUGAAGUGUCAAUUGAGCAUAUUAAGGCCUAUGUGAAAAAGCCCUCUUUUCAUACCGAUGCAGCUAUAGUUGUGAUUCAUGACAUAUUUGGAUGGCAACUCCCAAAUCUUAGAUAUAUUGCUGAUUGGGUUGCUUCCAAUGGAUACAUUACAAUUUGUCCAGACUUUUUUAAGGGAGAACCUUGGAAACCAUCUAAUGAUAUAUCUCAAUUAAAUGAGUGGCUAAAAACACGAGACCCCAAAAAUAUAGAUAGGGAAAUCGGUGUAGUCUUGAAAUAUUUGAAGGAAGAAUGUCAUGUGACGAGGAUAGGCGUCAUUGGCUUCUGUUGGGGUGGAUCUGCUGUACAUCAUUUGAUGUUGAACUAUUUUAUAUUUUCUGUAGGCGUGUCCAUCUAUGGAGUUGUCAAUUUAAUGGAGGACAAUUUCAACUUGAAAAAUCCCACAUUUUUCAUUGUUGCAGAGAAGGAUGAGUACAUUCCUCUUGACCAGAUUACUCAGAUAACAAAGAAGUUGGAACAGCAAUGCAAAGUUGAUUUUGAAGUGAAAAUAUAUCCUGGGCAGACACACGGCUUUGUACACCGCAAGAAAGAAGAUAUUAAUCCUCAAGAUAAACCUUACAUUGAGGAAGCGAGGAAGGAUAUGUUGGCUUGGCUGUGUAAAUAUAUUUAGUAAUUGGUGUACUCAAUCAAAAUAUGAAAGAGAGUGAGUUUUCA